AUGUCUCAUCUCAAGUACAGCGUCUAUCCUGGGUUCGGGGAGUAUGUACGAGACAAUCUCGGGUACAGCCAGGCCAUCCGCAUUGGUGAUCGCAUCGAGUGCUCAGGCCAAGGUGGCUGGGCUAUGGACGCAGAGUCAGGACUUAGUUUUCCAAAGAAAAUCGCCGACGAGAUCGCUCAGGCGUUCAAGAACGUCGACCUGAACCUGCGUGACGCAGGCGGCAAGGGCUGGUCGCAGGUCUUCCGUAUCAAUUCCUAUCACACAGACCUAACGCCUGAGGUCACGGCUCUCAUGACAGAGAACUUCCGCAAAUGGAUGCCCGACCACAAACCUAUCUGGACUCAGAUCGGAGUCAGGCAGCUGGGUGUUCCUGACAUGAAUGUGGAGCUCGAGGUCGUUGCCCACGACCCUUGA